CUCAUCUCGGCUCGCCAUCAUGAGAGCAGCAACGUUUGUAGGCAUGGCCUGUGUGGCCGUUGCUGUUGUUCUGCUCCAUGUUGCGUAUGUGCAUGCCGAGGACGAGGCAGCCCAAGGUGUUGGCUUGUUCGCUGGUGGUGUUCGCGAGGGGGUGGCAAAGGUCGCCUUGCCACACCCUAGCAAGGAGCCUGCUGCAGCCGGUGACGACGACGACCAUGAAGAGGUUGUCGCCGAGACUGCAGCAGUGCUUGCUUCUACAUUGGCUCGCCUCCGUGACCGCUCUGCCGCCGAGGAGCCGCUCCGUCGCCACAACCUGGUGGUGACCAGAGGCUCGAAGGGCUCGAAGGGCUCGAAGGGCUCGAAGGGCUCGAAGGGCUCGAAGGGCUCGAAGGAUACCAAGAGUACGAAGGAUACCAAGAGUACGAAGGAUACCAAGAGUACGAAGGAUACCAAGGAUACCAAGGGUUCCAAGGGAUCGAAGGAUACGAAGGAUACGAAGGAUACGAAGGAUUCCAAGGACACGAAACAGUCCUCGGGGACCAAGAAGAGCACGGACAAGUCGUCAUGCAAGCAGAGCUCGAGUGGUAAGAACUCAUGCCAUAGCACGCCUGCGCCGACUCCGUCCCCCACUCCGGCUCCUACUCCGGCCCCGACGCCUGCGCCGACUCCGGGCCCCACUCCGGCUCCUACUCCGGCCCCGACGCCUGCGCCGACUCCGGCCCCCACUCCGGCUCCUACUCCAGCCCCGACGCCUGCGCCGACUCCGGCCCCCACUCCGGCUCCUACUCCAGCCCCGACGCCUGCGCCGACUCCGGCCCCCACUCCGGCUCCUACUCCAGCCCCGACUCCGGCCCCGACUCCGGCCCCCACUCCGGCUCCUACUCCAGCCCCGACGCCUGCGCCGACUCCGGCCCCGACUCCGGCUCCUACUCCGGCCCCGACUCCGGCCCCCACCCCGGCCCCCACCCCGGCCCCCACCCCGGCCCCCACCCCGGCCCCGACUCCGGCCCCGACCCCUAGUACCGGCUGCCCCACUCCCGAAGAUGCGGUCUUUGUUGAAGCCGAGGCUUUGGAAACAGGAUCUUCUGCGCGCGGAUCUGGUGUCGCAGUCAUGCCCAGCACCUACGCUGUGGGCGCGGUGGCGACGUGCUCAUCGAUCACGUCGCAGGCCGGCGUGCUGGUGGUGAUCCGCGAUGUGACAAACGAGGUGAUGUACGCCAACUUUCUGGCGGGUGUCGUCGACGGUGUGCAGUGCGCGGCCUCGGCCGACGGCACCACGCUGUAUGUUGCUGUGGAUGUCCGGGGACCUGGCCUCUCCGGCUUGCCGCUCGCCGACGUCGCGGCGUCUCGCGUCGUCGUGGCUGCCUUUGACGUCACCGUCCCGGUCUCGGCUAUCAACACCGGCAACCUGCUCGCCAACACCUUCCCGCCCGCUGCAUACUUUGAGCUCCCGCCCAGCGCCGCGGACAUCCUCGUCACACACAUGGACGUCUCGCCGUUGCACGACGUGUUUGUCCUCGUCGAGUCGAGUGGCGCUGUUCUUGGCGUGAGCAACCCGAUCACCGCAGUCUCCUCAACACUUGUGGCGUUGCGGCCAGUCGGCUCGUCGACUCUCGAGCUUGUUGCACACACCCGCCCGAUCCACGGUCCCUCAGACUUUCUCUUCUACGAGAACUCGGUGGCGGUUGUCUCCACAGCCAACUAUGUCUUUGUCUUCCACCACUCGUUUGGCUCCUCGUCGUUCAUCAAGUACAGCCUGGUGGGCUCGAGCCUGAUAGAGAACGGCCGCAUCGAGUUUGGUGGCGACUUUAGCCGUCCCUACCGCGGCACCGGCAUGACCGUCGUCGACCACGCUUCGGAGCGCAUCGCCUUUGGCGCCGUCGGAACCUGGGACUUUGUGAACAACGUUGUCAGCUCUGCUAACCAGUACUCGGUCGUGGUUGUCGACUCGGUGUCUCUCACCGUCGAGCAGGUCCAUGCCCAGCCGGCGACAUCCACCGACAUCUUCGCCGGUCCGGUCUUUGUUGACGGCACCACCGGCGAGCCCGGCGAGCUCUGGUCCGCCGUCACCUCGGCUUCCGGCCUGCUCACCAUGCACGCCGUCCCCGCCGCAACUCCCGCAGGCGGCGCCUUCUCCGGCUCGCUCGACAUUCCUUCGCCGACCUCGCUCGGCCUCACCCUCGAGACCUUUACUCGAUCCGAGCCGCAGGAGACGAUUACCUGGACUGGCGUGCUGGCUGGCCGGGAGCAGGUAGGCACCGUCAUCGCCGUACAGGCUGACGCCACUCUGCUCACUGCCCGUUUCCGCUGUGCCACCGGCGUCGUCUCCGGGGCGCAGGGCGCUAGCGCCGGCAUCCACGACGCCGCCGCGCCCAAGCCGACCGGCGCCGCUGCCUUUGUCGCCGACCGCCCGCUCUUCGCCUCGGUCGUCUCGCUGGCGGUCGUUGUUGUCGUCGCUGCUGCCGUUGCCACCCUCUUUGUCGUCCGCCGCCGUCGCCGCAACCAAGCCGGCGAUGCGCAUGCCGCCGCCUUGGGUGUGGCCGUCCGCGUGCCCAAGAACCGCCCGACCCGCCGUGACUCGUUCAUGGCCAUGCCGCUCGAGCACGCCAUUCCGCCCACCUCGGCCGACAUUGAGCUCGGCGAAUCGUCAGCCUCGCUCCUCGACCCCAUCGCCGAGAUCGACUAAACUCCCCGCGCCUGUC